GGGAUUCUCAAAGGAGGAAGGGAGCUCCACAGCGCAAAAGCUGAAGCUGCGAUCGGCAAAAUAUCGGACCAAGGCUUUCACGUCAUCCAACCCGUCUGCUUGGGCGUGAGGAGAAGGCACCUCCAAUCUAUUAGUUAGCUAUAUUCAUCUGCUUGUAAAAAGUCUCGAACUUGGUAUUUUUGAGGUGCUAGACGGCCAACUAGGUAUGGUGUCAGUACAGUUAGGCAGGAAGACACUCAUUAUUUGCUUACCCUAUUGCUUGUUGCGGCGAGUGGUUUCGGGGUUAGGUCACAGUAAUACUUGUUGGCCAGUCAGUUCUGGCUACCUUCAUGUCCGGUUUGAAGUCAUUUCCCAGGACUGGCUCUAUACAAUCUACCUAAGUAGUCCGACAGCAUGUGGUAAUACGAGUUGCCGCAUCAUAAUAGCUUGGUUCGAAGCCACGCUCAGGUCUUGCAUAAACUGUAAAGCAUCGCAUUAUGCGUUCAGUACUUCAGACCGUCAAUUGCUAGAAUAAAUUUAAAGAGGAAUGUGAAGGGAAGAAUUAUCUGAGUGGACGCAAGUAGAAAAUAUCAG